CGGAGGUCACGCUGUGGGGUCGCUGACAGAGGAAGUAGUUCUGAACCUUCAUGGACAAGAAUGGAACACGGCAGCCUGUGUAUACUAUGUUAUCGCGAUAGAAAUCAAUCUAGACGCCUUUAGCUCAAUACUACUGUCAAGGAUGGCUGCGGAUGAGGCCUUAAAAUGUGAGUGACUGCUGCUGUAUACUGCUGAGUGCCGACACAAGGAAUACACACCAGACAGAAUGUUGGUAUAAUAUCUCCUUGUUAGCAUACUGGCCAAGGAGCUGCCCCAAGGAGUUCUGUUUAUUACAUGGAAGUGGAUUCGUUUUUACAUUUGACAAAAAGGGGAGGUGGUGUGAUGAUGUGAUAGCCCUGACCAGAAAAGGACAGACAUUCCUAGUUGAUAGCAUGGUAACAGGGACGGAAUGCUGUAUGAAGCUGCUGGUGGCAUUGGUGAUAGUUUCAUUGGCUUUCAUAUUAUCUUUAAUGAUUAAUAUUGUCCACUGUGUCAAAAAACACAGAAAAGGAAAAGUGGUGAAAUAUUGCAGCCAGGCCACCAUAAGUUAUGACCAGCAGUAUAUUGAAAAUAACCCAAUUUAUGGUAACCUAGCUCUGCCAUUUCUUGACUAUGAUAAUGAUGAAUGCUGUUAUGAAUCCAUGGCGACUCCUCAUGAAAGAAACAUGGAAGAAAAUCAGCAGGUGGAUCCAGAAGAACUGAUGUGCUAUGCGGAUCUUGAUCUCAGUCCAAAGAGACCUGGUAAAAAUCGUAAGAAAAAAGCGAAAAUAAAGAGUAAACAACGUCUUGAGGAGUUGGACAGAACGAAUGCUAGUAUCAUAUCUAGAUCCAGUAUUUACCUGAACAGUGAACAGCUUACAGCUGAAUUAAGAGCCCAUGAUGAACUGAUUCAUGAUGACCCAGUGAGGAUUUACCAUUUGAUGAAGAAGACAAGAAAUAAUCUCCAAAAUGAAGAAGAAAAUUAAACAAAUUGGUCAUUGAUCAAUAGACAAAAAUAUAAUUUCCGGAGCUUCAUGCAGCAUCCUGUACAUAGAAUACAAGGAUUAAGGGUGGUGUUUUCACCCAUGAUGAUAUGAAUAGUGAAACCAGAGUGAAAUGAAGGAGGGUUUCUUGCAUUUGGGUGGACCACAUUUGUAAAAAUAUAGUAUUAUUGAUAAUAAAAACUGUAGGCAUUUAUUAUUUACUAUAUAUGUUUUAUAUAACCAAAGUAGCUAUUAACUGCAGAUUACAGCAUCGGUAGUGCAAGAAUGUAGCUUUAGGGCCCUCUCCUGGCCUUGUUAAACAUUGCUGCAUUUGGUUUUAAUCCAGCAGACACUUAAGAAUGUUAAAAAGAAUGCAUUUAUCUGACCACAGGCAUCAUGAACAGUUGUUAAUAAAACUUGUAUAGCUUGUCACGUUAGAUGAUACAUAUAGAAUAGGCAAGCAACCAAUAUACUGUACAGUAUAGAUGUCACAUUUGUCCCAUAACACAGAAUUGGUACUUUUAUGUUAACAGUGGCCAAAGAAGAGCAACAAAAAGUGAUACUUGAUGGCGACCACAACUAUGCAUAGCGCACAUUUCUUAUUCUUCUAAAUUAACGUAGAGCCAACAUGAGAACAUUUUGAGGAAAACAAAGAAUGACCACAAGAAACAAAGAAAGAAUGGGAAAACUACAGUAGCCAGGCAUUUUUUACGAGUAAUGCACAUGUGUGCUUACUGUAGUAAUGAUGGUCAAUAUUCGAACAAGUGCAAGGUGAGAGUAUAAAAGAAAGAAUGACAUUUUAAACAGAAACAAGUAUAGCGGAUAUGGCUAUUAGAUACAUUAAGCCCUAAAAGGCUAAAUACAGAAUGUUGGUUUAAAGAAAAAUGGUCACCUGUCCACCCACACUAAACCCAAUACACAAGGUUAUAGUGCGGGUGAACAGGCGACGACGCGGGCUCUCUGACUAAUAUACA